UUUGGUAAUUAUACAAGUAGCAUUGUGCAUGCUUCUCCUUUUCUCUUUGGAACAACUUCCAAUAAUUAUUAGUGUUUGAAAUUUCAACUUAGACUCCGCAGCCUUAUCUUUUUUCACACAUUUCAAAAAACACUGAUUUACAAGUUGAUGAAGCGGACCUGUUAGUGAAGUCAAUUGGACCAAAUAUUUCCAUAAGGAAGAGAUUCAGUCGGCUCUUAUGCACAGCUAACUCCAUCCGUUUCUCUGCAGUCAAAACUCCAAUGGCUCUCUUUCAAUGGCUCCCGGAAGAAUCCCGAUUUAUACUUCUGCUUUUCCCGACCAUCCUGUUCCUGAUAUUGCUGAUGAAUUAUGCCUACAUUGAUUGUUAUAGGAAGGGAAAACUCCCCCCUGGCCCUCCUAAGCUACCGGUCAUCGGAAAUCUCCACCAGCUUAGGAGCUUACCUCAUCUCUCCCUCCACAGUCUCGCAAAGAAAUAUGGGCCCAUCAUUUACCUGCAGCUCGGCUGGGUUCCGACAGUGGUCAUUUCCUCAGCUAAAAUGGCCAAAGAAGUUAUGAGAAACUAUGACCAUGUGCUGUCGAGCCGUCCACGACUCUUUGCGGCGAACUUUCUUUUAUACAACAGCACCGAUAUAACCUUCUCGCCCUACGGGGCCUACUGGAGGCACAUAAGGAAGAUCUGCGCUCUCGAGCUCCUCAGUGCAAAGAGAGUUCAAUCAUUCAGGCCUGUUAGGGAAGAGGAAGUUGCCCGAAUGGUUCACAGGAUCCAGGACUCCUCUUGUUCCGUGAGUGUGAACCUGACAAAGAUCCUUGGGCUUUAUGCAAACGAUGUUCUUUGCAGGGUCGCGUUUGGACGGGAUUUCUCUAGAGGUGGCGAUUAUGACUCCCUUGGGUUUCAAGAGAUGAUUGAGGAGUUGGAGGAGCUUCUUGGCGGGUUCAGCAUAGGAGAUUUCUUCCCGUCCGUGGAGAAGUUCAUACACAGAUUAACAGGCAUGACAAAGAGAUUGGAGGACACUUCUCGGCGCUUUGAUGAGCUCCUCGACAGGAUACUUAGAGAACAUGCUAAUCGUCGAUUCAGUGGAUCAAGGAAAGAUGCCCACAUGCUUCUAAAUUAUAGAUACCGAUCUAUGGCAGAGGGUGCAGCCAAGCAAGUGGAAAACAAGUCGGAUUUGGAUAUGUUUGCUGCGGGAACCGAUACAAGCUUCAUAACCCUCGACUGGGCAAUGACGGAGCUCAUAAUUAACAUGAAAGCUAUGGAAAGAGCCAAGAGUGAAGUCCGAAGUGUCGUUGGGGAGAGAGAGUUUGUACUCGAGACUGACGUUCCUCAGAUGCCCUAUCUGAAUGCUGUGAUCAAAGAGAUCUUCCGACUGCACCCUCCUGCUCCAGUCUUAGUCCCGAGAGAGUCAAUGGAAGAAAUCGCCGUGGAUGCGUAUAGAAUUCCCACAAAAACUCGGUUCUACAUCAAUGCGUGGUCUAUAGGAAGAGAUCCACUGGCCUGGGAGAACCCCGAGGAAUUUAAGCCGGAGAGAUUCCUCAACAGCACCAUUGACUAUAAAGGGCAGGACUUUGAGCUGAUACCAUUUGGCACUGGCAGAAGAAUGUGCCCAGGUAUUAUGUUUGGAUUGGUCACUGUCGAGCUCGCUCUAGCUCAGCUUCUCCAUAGUUUUGAUUGGGAGCUUCCCUCGGGAGUUAAGCCGGAAGAUCUGGACAUGACCGAAGUAUUCGGCCUCACAAUGCACCGCCGAGCUGAACUCGUUCUCGUGGCAAAACCAUGCUUUUGAUGAACAAUCUGGCAAAACCCGAGGAAAACAGCAGCUCAAUUAUUGAGUGCCUAUUGCUGUUAAGUCUUCCAGUGUUGAUAAAUAAAUAAAUUUCCAGUUCAUUGUGCCA